UGAACAGUCCACUCGUCGUCUCGGAUCCAAUCCUUCUCCUUUCUGCAAUACAAGCCUACCACGCUGUCAAUUUGCCGAUCCGUGCUUUUCGACAGGCCCUGCCGUCCGUGACACAUCUAUCACAUCCCAAAACUCAUUAUCCACGCGCCUCGCGACUCUCCUACUACUGCGCCAGUACUCCGUAGCACCCGUGGCUUUAAGACACAGAACCAAGAGGCACCUAAGAGGCUUUUGCCGAGUCUCCGUCGAACCGCCACAGGCAUGCAAGUCCGAUGCUGCGACUACUACGGCAAUCUCAGCUAGGGUGCCAUUCCCGCUAAAUGCCUCUUUGGGGCGGAAUCGUCUUCUAGUCAGCCUCUCAUAGUCAGCCACCGGCAGACUCGUCUUGGUAGUCAGGGGGGUAUCGACCCCAAGGAUGCGAACAUGUCCCCAAAGCAAUUUACUCCAGUCCAACGUCCUACCACGUUUGUUUCUUCGCGCCCUCGAAUUGGACCACGGUGACGUGAGUGGGACUUUUCUGGACCAGAAAAAGAACGGGACCACAGAUGUCAAGCAGCUGUCUAGCCCCCAUCAGGUGAGUUAACCUUUUCCGCUGUAUACAGGAAAUUGGCAGCUAUGACCAUAAAUAACACGACACUAUAUCUCUCCUCUCCUGCCUCUUCCUUCCCUCUGUCCCGAAAGACUGUUACUGUUUCCAAUCGCAAUCGACCUUUGUGUCCUCACGUUCUUUACACCACCAAGUCGGUUCCUCCAGAGUUCUCGCGUCGAGCUCUAGUCACUCUUUGAACCAAACAACCACUCUAAUCAGACAUCAUGGUCAAAUACACCAGCGCCGUCUUGGCCUCUGCCGUUCUGGCAACCACUGUUCUCGCCGAGCCGGUCUGCAAGGUCGUCACCGAGACCAUCACUGGCGACUGGUACUGGGUCGCAGAUCCAACAUGGGGUGACUGGUCGUCUUCCACCGCCUCCAGCUCUGUUGACCCAACCUGGGCUGACUGGACGAGCACCACCACCGCCAGCUCUGCCGACCCAACCUGGGGCGACUGGACCACCACAACUACCAAGAAGACCACUACCACCCCUGCCAAGAAGGCCACCACCACCACCUGGGUUGACCCUACCUGGGCGGACUGGGACACGACCACCACAACUAAGAAGACCACGACCACCAGCGUUGAUCCAACCUGGCUCGACUGGACCACCACCACCACGACUACUAAGGCCACCACCACCAGCGUCGACCCCACCUGGCUCGACUGGACCUCCAGCGAGGCCAGCACCACCGCUGCGCCCACCUCAGGCAAGCCCACCACAACCACCACCACCACUACUACCACCACCAGCGCGGCUGCUGCUGCUUCCUGCCCAGCAUCCAACGGCAAGGACGUCUCCGGCGGUGGCUCCUGCGGCUGCGAGUUCUCCGUGAACUGCGCUGUCCACGCCGACACCUCCACCAACCCUACCUUCUUCCAAAAAGACUCGGGUGCCGCGGUCGACUCCCUUGCUGAGUGCUUGGCUCUCUGCGACAACAACGACAAGUGCACGGCCACCAUCUGGUGUGACGAUGCUGCAUCCUGCGGCGGCGACUACCACAUCUGCUGGCAGACCAACGGCCUCGGUGGCGUCGCUGGCGCCGGCUACGGCCAAAUCUCGUACAAGGGCACCUGCUCCGGCUCUUGCUCUUCCUCGUACGAGAAUUGAUGACACCUUCUGGUAGUACUUGAAAGCUUGAGGUGGUGUGUUGGAGGUUAGAGAUUGGAAUAUGUAUCACGCCGUGCACCUUUUGCCUUUAUUCUUGGACCCAUUCUUUUCAUUUUGACGUCGCAUAAAGGAAGGUGGUUGAAAAUCAAAACCAUAGCGGGACACGCUCUGUCGUCUGGGGUUGUAGACCGGUACGUAAUGUCUUCACUAUAGGUCUGCAAUGUCCAUGAUGUCUGAAAACUCGAGCUUCUGUAACCGUAUUCCUUCUUUUUUUCAUUCGCGCUCAGUCUUACAUAUCAUUGUAUAUACCAUUAAGCUCUAAAAUCCAAUGAUCUAGAUCUUUUGCGGUCGCAUCCACCACAUAUCCCGGUGCACAUCUAGCCCGGUUCUCUAUAUCCCUGUCGAACGUUUGUUUAUCCAACACCGCAUGAAAUUGGCAAGGGUGAUCCCGGCCUGCCAAAUCGGUCCACGAUGGUCCCGAUGUUCCUUAUCUUUAUCUUCCAAAGGCGAUUCUCCCGCGGGUCUAUCGAUAACGCUGUGGUGAACCGUGACGCUACUCUUGACGCGUAUAUUUCGACCGCUGCCGCCAUUUCGAGCCGUACCUGAAGACCAACACGGGGAUCGGCGCACAACACAGACUCACGCCCGCCAGCACGGUGAAGCCCCAACCCCAGCCGAGCGUGCGCACCAGAGGUUCCGAGACCAGCGGCAAGAAGGUGGCGAUCAGGCAUCUCAUGACAAUGACGGCGGUCAUGGCCGAGGCCGAGUACAACUGAAACGCGUCGACCACGUACGCCAUCAGCGGCAAGAAGCCGAGCAAGAGCGUCGUGCCCAGCGCGCCGACACAGACCAGCAACACGGGCAGCGGGAGUUGUAGGGCCGGGAUCCAGCCGUAGCAGGCCACCACGAACGGCAUGGUGAAGGCGCCGACGAUCACGAGCGGGAGGCGGUGUUCGGGUUGUUCGGUGCCCCCGCUGGCCUUCUUGUUGUGCGGUGAGUCGCGGAGGCGGAUGUAGAUCCGGUCGAGGAGGAGGUUGCAGAUCACGACGCUGAUGGCGGAGCCGAUACCUAUGGACGGGUUAGCCAUGGGACCUACG